AUGGUCGCACCCUCAACCACACCGCGGGCAGGCCCGAACCAUCCUUCCGUCUCGCCCUCCGCCAAACGCACCUCGCUCCGCCUCAACAUCGCAUUCUUCCUCUUCGGUCUACUCAAUAACUCGCUCUACGUAGUCAUCCUUACCGCUGCGCUCGAGCUGCUUCCCCAGGGCGUGCCGACGGGCCUCGUCAGCUUCGCCAACAUCUUCCCUGCGCUCAUCGCCAAAGCGGUCUGGCCAUACCUCCUCAAAGGAGAGGUGCGCUAUACGAAGCGAGUAUGGAGCUGCGCAGCGUUGAGCUUUGUCGGCAUGCUCCUGGUGUCCUUCUUUCCGGCGUUGACGAUGCGCUUGUUCGGCAUCAGCCUGGCGAGCUUCUCGUCGGGAUUGGGCGAGCUGACGUUUUUGCAGCUGAGCACGCGGUAUGCGCCCAAGCGGAGCGGAGGGAGAAGGAGCGGACUGAGCGAGGUGGAGCUGGCCGGGGCCGGAUUGGAGACCAACUUUGCGGGCGAUGCAGUGGGGUGGUUUGCGAGCGGGACUGGAGCAGCGGGGCUUGUGGGAGCGGGAGCGUGGUGGGUCGUGAGGCCACUGGGCGUCCAAACGGGGAUGGCGAUACUGAGCGUGCUGCCGGGAUUCAUGGUGCUUGCAUACACCGUGGUGCUCCCCUCCGUCGAGCAGCUACUGGAAGGCGGCGGGAAGGGGGGCGAGUACGUACCCGUUUCAACAGACGAUGAUAGAACGUCCCAAGACGACCUCGAUGCCGACGCGGACGACUCUACGCCUCUCGUCCAUCCCUCUACGCCAGAUCCCGCCACAAUCCGCCUCAGCUUCGCCGAAAAGAUGUCUCUCUUACGCCCAAUGCUCCUCCCUUACAUCCUGCCGCUCGUCACGGUCUACUUUGCCGAAUACACCAUCAACCAAGGCGUCGCACCAACGCUCAUAUACCCACUCCCUACACCAUCCAACCACCCUUUGCUCGCGCACAUCAUCCGCAAGCUGACCGACUACUAUCCGCUGUAUCAGCUGGUCUAUCAGACAUUCGUGUUCCUCUCGCGGUCGUCGAUAUCGAUCUUCCACCUACCGGCUAUCCCACGGUCGCUCCUGUGGCUACCUGCGAUCCUUCAAACCUCCCUACUAGCGAUUCUCACCACCGAGAGUCUGUACGCAUGGUUUCGCACGAGCAUAGUCAGCCCCUUGGUCAUCGUUCUGAUCUGCAUCGAGGGUCUCGCCGGCGGUGCAGCCUACGUCUCUGUAUUUUACAGCAUCGGCGUCGAUGCUCAUCCCCAUCCCCCGUCGGGGGCAGAGGACGAGGACGAGACGUAUAGACUAGCCAAAAAGGCACAGGAGCACGAGUUUCGCAUUGGCUGCGUAGGCUUCGGCGACAGUCUGGGCAUCCUAGCCGCAAGCAUCAUCAGUAUGCCCCUGCAGGUGUCGCUCUGCAACGCACAGGUGCGUUCUGGCAGAGAACUGUGUAAGCAGGCGUAG